AUGUCUACCACGCCCAGCACGCCCGACCUCUUCCGCGAAGUUUUCCCCGACUUGGCUGAGAAAGCGUCGACUGUUUGUGUCGACAUGGGUAUUAGUACCGUGGGUGUGCUCGAGGCGGCCCUGGAGGACAAGGAGCUGACCGACGAACUAUUGAGAAGGUGUGCAUAUGGGGGACUCGACGGAGAGUCCGAAACAACCACUAUGACGGAGGUAGCCGAUGCGAAGUCUGCCAGCUCAUCCACCAAAAGUCCCGGUACUGCCAGCGAAGUCGUCGAUGCCAACAAAAACUAUGGUGGUGGUGGUGGUGGUGGUGUCGUCGUGGUCGAGAAUCUCGACCAGAUCUCGACUCGAGAUCUUCUCGAAGCUGAAGAAGACACGGUUGCUUAUCUGAGCCGGUUGCUCUGGUUAGCGAGGUCACGAUCGUUCGAGGCAGCAGUCGAGUGUGAUAAGGGUUACAGGCUGGCCUUGCCACAAGGGGUCACCCGCCUGCGGGACACUGACCCUUCUCUCCAAGUCGACUCUGCCUUCGGUACCUAUUUAAGAUCCGAUCAGUCUCACGAGUUGAUAGCUGUAGCCUUGGUUAAACCGGCGAUGAGCCAAUCUGGCAUACCCAGGCCACCUUCGGGCAAGGGUAUACGUAGGCAAGGGAGCGCUAUGCACUUCGGUGCUGACACUUGCCGUUUCACUCGCCAAUCCUGUCUCUUCGGUAGGGAUUGCCGUUAUCGUAAACAUUUCGGCGACCCCCAAUCUAAGCCUUAUUGGCAGAACGGUCAAGGUGGGGAGAAGGACAGUAGCUUCGGGUCUGAUAAACGCCCUAGGACUGGGCAGGUGAAGGAUGAACCAUCAAGGAAGAACCCUAAGAACCAAUAG